AGGAGCUGGCUUGGUGUUUACUUCACUGUUUGGUGAGAGAAUCUGCGAGUGUGCAUUCUAUACGGGUGCUCGCGGUGAGCUCAAUUGAAUUCCGUCAAAAACGAACAUUCCCAUUAGGCCAUAACUGUAGUAUUAGGGAAAGGGGUGUUUUUACACUCGCUAUCGCAAUGCGUGAGUUCGAGCUCUUCUUUGAUGUGUCUCCUCUAUAAAAAGAAUCGGAGUUCGAUGGUGGUGUGAAUUACAGGGGUAGUGGUUUUUCGCCUGGUCAUUUUGGGGCGGUCCUGUGCGUGCUUUGUCCCUGUAGGUGGUAGGUUUGUGCUUAAGCAAGCGAUAGACGAAGCAAGAUUUUUCUGUGUAGCGCCGAAAAAGCAGGACAAUAAGUUCGUGUCUGUGUGUUUUUGUUACGACUCUGAUAAAGCAGAAAAAGUAUGGCUUUUGGGAAAACGACGCAUGCUAUUGUUUGUCGAGUACCAGAAAGCUACUGUAAACUGACAAGCAUCGUUACAGGAACGCAAAGUACAGAACAGGCGAAACGCGAGCAUUCAGCGUAUUGUUCUGUUCUGCGUGACCUGAAUAUCGACGUGAUUGAAUUACCUUCGGAUGAGCUCUCACCUGAAUGCCCUUUUGUUAACGAUUUGGCUGUUGUGACUAAUGGCACUGCCUUCAUCUGUAAACCUGCUUCACGACAGAGACUUAAAGAGGUGGAAUUAAUUCGAAAGACCAUUGAAAGAGAAAUUGGAAUUCGGAUUGAAGAGGUUGAAGAUCCAACGGCAACCAUCGAAGGGGGGGACGUUCUAUUUACAGGUGAUGAAUUCUUCGUCGGCAUUUCUCCGCGCACAAACGAGGCGGGUGCCAGAGCACUUGCAAGAGUCUUUCCGGAGUUUCCUACAAUACCCAUCAAGGUGAUGUGCAAGGAGCCCAUGAAGAGUGUGAUCUCGAUGGCUGGUCCUGGCAUUAUUUGCGUGUCAAACUCGAAAGAAGCCCAGUUGAUGAAACGGGAGAUUGAACGAGAAGCAACGCGUCAGUACCAGACGGUGACAGUUCACGAUGAUCGAGCUGCAAACUGCCUCUAUGCGAACAAGACGCUUAUUCACAGGUCCGAAUUCCCACAAAGUAAACUGGAGUUCGUCCGCAAGAUUGACUUCCCCCGGAUAGAGCUUCCAUUAACGCAUCUGUCACCAGUAAACGUCGGACUCACCAGCCUUUCGAUCAUGAUCGAGAAACCAAAGUGCUUCUAAUUACUAUAAACUUUUAUUUGAAUAUUACCAUACAAAACAUCCAUAUGAUAUAUGAAUCACCUUAUAUAGACACACUCGCCAUCUCAUCCCAAUUGAUUGUUCAUUAUCACAGAAAGAGGUUAGGUAAAGGCAGAGCGCCAAUUAGUGACUGUCACUCAUUGCAAUUCACUAACACGGCAAUAACCAAUCGUGCUGCAUGCGGCGACCGUUUUCAAAAACACAGACAAAACAAAACAAUCGUUAUUUAAUAUAUCAAUGCCAUUUUGACCGAUAUUACUGCCCUCUGUAUGACCGUAUGUUGAACGUCGUCAUAGGGCAAUAAUUAAAAGGUUUACGUAAUUUUUUAGCAUGACGCCGAUAAAGCUUACAUAAAAUCUCUCUCAAGAUUCCACGGUUUACAGCCAUAAAAAGUAUAUAUAUAUUACGUAUACCAAGUAAAGAUAUAGACGUAUCCAUAUAGAAUACAUGUUUGCCGAGUUCAGCGGUUGUUUAUUGUUGUCACUGUAGUACAAUUGUCAUCGUGGUGGUGAUAACGACGAUGGAAAAUGUAUAUGAUAACGAGAAAACCUAUGAUAAAUAAUGAAACUUGCUGGAGACGUAGAAAUUAACACUCAGAGAAAAACAAGAGUUUGGCGAAAUCUCAAGAGGUUGACACUGUCGCUUCUGAUGUUCUCGAAUUGUCCAUCUAGCUUAUUACUGUGUAAUUUUAUUUUUGCAAAAUUGAAUUUCUAAAUACUUAUCAUUUAUUCAAAGCUAUGUUGAUAUUUCAUGACGAGAAAAAGGGGGUGUCUAUUUAGUGACGUACGUUUGUGACAACGCGUGACGUGACAAACGGGCGUAUUAUGAGGGUGUUAUCGGCUACCUCAUGUCGAUAACACGGGAUACUGUGUAACUGAAUUUAGGGCCAUCCGGAUUUGCACUUACGGAUACAAUUCGGUGAUCUUAUUAUGUUUUGGUGGUAGUAUUGAUUUUUCCCUUUCUAUUGUUAAGCCGCCCAAAAGUAUGUCCUGUGGUCGCGUUGUACUCCUACCAUACUUACAUAUAUGCACCGCUAUAGCCAAUGUUAUACUCGUCGUGUAUUACAUUUCGAAUUCAUAUGGAAAACAAGUGUACUACGAACAAAUUUUGUCAGCCUGCGUAUACACGGAAUAAGAUAAAUUGGGAGCACCAAAAUGCUUAGAAGCAUACAGCUGUACAUUAAUAUUUUAAAUGAAGGGUUAAUUUUUGUAAACAUAACAAAGCUGGUAAACCAAAUAGUCGUGAUCAUCCAGAUGCAUACGUCGAUAUGUGAAGCAGUGUGUACCAUGUUUGUGGCUUUACGCGGGUGUCCAUUUGCUAGACCACAUGCGCUCAAAGCUAAAAGAAUCCCUCUGCAUGAAACGCCUGCAGAUAUAGUCAUUGCAAAGUGAGCUUUGGGGGAAAACAAGACGAGCCUCGAUAAAACUGGACUUGGAUAUUUUUCUAUUUUGUCUUACCGCCACCAUUUCCGGACUUUGUUUCUGUAAAAAAAAAGUAAAAAGUUCUGAUUAGUAAAGACUCACUUACUCUUUCAAGCCAAGCUCUUACACUGGAGCAGUUGCGCACAAAAUGUUCAAAUUCAAUUAAAUACGUAUAUCUGAGUUUGCUGACCUGUUGAGCGGCUUGAGGAAUAUUGAUUUAUUUAUUUAUAGCAAAGGAGAUUCACUCGGAAGUGAGUACUUUUUUCGAGUUUUCCGUCUUUGUUGUCUACAUUCCAUAAUAUACAAGACAACGUGAGAAAUACCCAUUUCUAUCGUAUGCGUAUAGAUUUACAACGCUAUCUAACGCAAGAUAUAUCUAUGCACAUAUAAUAGGUUCUAGCAACGAUAACAGCAGACACAUUCCACUUUGUCGUAUCUUAUGCUCGUUUUUACAAGAACAUUGUUUUUACUUUGUAUUUAUAUAUAGGUUUUGCAAAAGUGAUUUGUUACUUCUUAUAUCAUCAGUUUCUGUAAUGUAAUUCUCAAAAUGUAGUGGGUUAUCUUCAGCUGUAUCUAGAACUUAAUACCUAUGCGAUGACAAGUUAAUUUUUUCACAACAGGCAAAGUUUUGCCUUUCGACUGCUUAGAAGCUAGUGGAUGUUUGCAGCACUCGCAUUAUGAUCAUGCUUACCUAUUCUGAUGGAACGAGCUUUCAGGAGACGCAAAAUCUUUCUUAAAUUUUUCAUUUAUUAUUUUGAGGAAAACAUUAAUGAUUUUGGUGGCGAUUGUCGUAUGCCUGUUUAGCAAUGAGUCUCGUGAGCGUUAAUUAUGGAUUCGUUAGAACUUGGAAUAUAAAUUGCCUUUAAGUUGACUCAGUGAAAAUAAAUGAGAAUGCCCGUAGAAAAAAUUCAGGCUGGCCCCUUUUGCUGAACUGCAUUUCAAGACGUCAGCUUGGGUUAUACCCUUCGAAGCACAUGAAAUGUUAACACAGGUAUUAGUAAGUUGCCUCCAGCAACUUUUAGCAAAGAACGUGCAGUGAACAUCCGGGCGUGCUAAUUUAAGUUCUUUACUGACCUGAAAUUUUUAUACGAGAGAUGUUUUAGCUCUAACGUCAGCAAGUAUUACGUAUUACAUUUAACCUCGGCAUUACUGGUAUAGGGUGCAAAAUAAACCGAAACAUGAUAAGCGUCUUUCGUUUUUAUCAAAUCUUGAGGAGAAACCUAAUAUCUACGUUGACUUAUCGUUGCAAUAGCGAAGCGCGCAGCUCCACGUCAUAAGUCGGUGUCGAUGGAGGAGUUUUAUAUAUAAUAGUGGAUCGUCUCUGUGCUAUGCAACAAGGACCUAAAAGGAUAACUAGCAUAAGUAAGUAAGGCCCCAAAGAAGGCACAAAUAUAGUUCAACGAUAGUAUAGUCGUUAUAAACGGCAGCUUGCAUCGGAUUUAGUACACCAGUGCGCAGAUUUAUUUACCUAAGCGUUUACAUAUGCUAUACAAAGUGAAUUUAAGAAGAGUUAUUAUUAUUAUUAUUAUAAAUAAACAAGAUACGC